UUGUCUCACUGCAUGGGGGCUAACUCGCUGGGCCCUGCUGUGUCCUGGAGGUCUGGAGGGCCCUGCAAGAUGAAGAGGGUCCGGACGGUCUUCAAACCAGAGCAGCUGGAGCGGCUGGAGCAGGAGUUCCUCAAGCAGCAGUACAUGGUGGGCACAGAGCGAGUAGACCUGGCUGCAACUCUGCAUCUCACAGAGACUCAGGUGAAGGUCUGGUUCCAGAACAGGAGGAUCAAAUGGAGGAAGCAGAGCAUGGAGCAGAAAGCAGCAAAGCUGUCACAGUUUGGGGUGAUACAGCCUGCCACUGCGGACUCCACAGACAUCAAGGACCAUGAGGAGGACACUGUGGAUGUUGAGCUUUGA